CAGUGAUCAUUAAACGAGAGGCAAGCUACACCCUGGACAGGUCGCCAGUCCAUCACAGGGUGAGAGCAGGACAGCUCACACUGUGGCAGCUCCCGGUGCAACUCAUUCUGUGGAGAGAAACAGCUGCUGCUCCUGACUGCUUAAUAAAGAUAUUGCUGCUUCCCUGCACAAGAAUUUCCAGUCAUCUGACGUGAGGUAGCAGGCGAGCAGAGGGGACCAUGUUUCUUGGUGCAAAAUCCAGCUAAUCUCUUUUUACGCAAGGGUGGUCCUUUGGUGCAGUUUUCAACCUGUUAUGGCAGGCAAAAUGGAUUUUCUGCUUUCACUAAUCCAUCACUAAGAUUUUUACAUCCAUUCUCUUUAAGAUUUAAACUACUGUAUCACUGACCGUAAGAUAAAAGCCUCAUCCUAACCACCAAUGAGAGACUCAAACAUUCAGGUGGAUCAUGCCAUGUUUAUGGCAAAUAGUCCAAGACAAGUUCACUCACCAGCAAAUGGAUUGUCAGUACAAGAACUAGGAAAGAUUAAAAUGCAAUUUGUUGGAUGUAAACCAAACAACUCAGAGAAGGACCAAAAAGAGGAAAUUACAGAUUCCACUGGAAUAAAACUGUUGUCGUCAGAGCUUUCCUACAGGGUGUGCAUCCGUCAUGAGAUGCCUCUGAGGUCCUGGAGCUCUGCUGUAUUUUUGGACAAGUCACUUUGCAUUUCCCUCGCAGAACUUGCUGCCGGAACGAGAGGAGUUCAAGCACCUCUGUAUAGAUCUGCCCUGACUUGUCAGCUCGGUGUGCAAUCUCUCUGCAGAUCCACUACGGAUAAGAAAUCAGCCAAGGCAAAGGAGGUAUACAGGAGGACUAACUUCAACAGGUGCGAUGGCCCAAAGCAGAGACUGGAUCACAGGGGGAGCCCUCUAUCAAAGCGCCGUGGACACAGGGCCAAUCAAAAGGCACCUGCUUGUGGCGUUAACAUAGCUCCAGGCACGACGAGCAAGCAGGGAGGAAGUCAAAAGACAGAUGAAGACCAAGAAAGUGGCAAAUCCACAGAACCCCAGACAAUUUCCACUUGUCAUCACACCUCACAGCUGAAGGACAACUUCGUGGGAGACGCUCCCAAACCUCUGAGCCUGAAAGAGGCUUUAGAGCUCUUCAGGCCAGACUUCAUCAGCCGAUCUCAGGGUCGAGUGAGGAGGUUAGAGCAGAGGGCCAGGAGGAGGAAAGCUCUGCAGAAUUUGAAUCCCGAUCUAGUGCAUGGCCUAAUAGAAGAUCAAAGCAAGCAAAAGAGGAACUGUACUACACCAGAUCCACUUAGCGAUAACCUUUUCAAGCCGAGGGAGAGGUCUAUAUCAGGCAGAGAGAUGCAGCUCAGGUCUAGACGAAGGAUUUACAACAAGCUGCCGGAGGUAACAAAGAAGAAGGAGGAUGAGAAAAAGAGGGCUGUAUCUCAAACCAACAGACUGCGAGCAGAGGUCUUCAAAAGGAGACUUCUGGACCAGAUCCUGCAAAGAUGAACCAGACAUAAGACCAUAAGACACCGGCUUCAAUAUAAACCACUGGCUACAUAUGUGUGCAUUCCAUUGUUGGGUAGUGUCUAGAAAAAAAAAACCCAGUGUAAGCAGAAUCUGUUGCAGUUCUGCUAGUUUCAUAUGCAAAAUGAUGCUGCUGUUUUGUCUCUGCACCUUUCCUGAGCCACUGCAACAAAAUCUCAUCCGGAUGUGUUUUUGAUGACGUAAAUUUGAAUGACAAAAAAAAAGUAGGUCUGUUAGCUCUUUGCAUUGUUACAAACAGUGAAACUGGAUUUUCUUUAUGUUGUUCCUAAUGUAUCUAGAUAUUCUGCCAGUAGUUACCCAGGCUUAUAAAGGUUGCAGGUUGAGGACAGUGAAAAUAUUUCGGGUCUGUUCCUCAGGUUUAAAGUCCUUUUGCACUUUGAAUUGUGUUUUCCUUUUACUGAAAAUUGCUUUAUAAAUAAACUUACCUUGCCUUUUGA